AACCUGUUAUGUCAUAUUAGAAGCCUAUCUUGUAAUAAAGUCCACUAUUGCAAGAUUAGCUUUUAAUAUGAGGCAGCAGGGAUUUUUGCUAAAUUAGUGAACAUUGUUGGAUCGUACUCAACCAUGUGACACUUCUCCAAACUAUAGGAAACUCCUCUAUUACGAGAUGGGCUUUUAAUCUGAGACAGCGAGGAUUUUACUCAUUUAAUGAGCCUCGUCUGUUGGUUCCAGCUUGAAUUUAUUGCCCUUGAAGUGGAAAAUUUAUCAUUGGACCGUGUGUGUUGAAAAGGAUUUGUAAAAUUGAGUGUUGAAAACCUGUUAUGUCAUAUUAGAAGCCUAUCUUGUAAUAAAGACCACUAUUGCAAGAUGAGCUUUUAAUGAGGCAGCAGGGAUUUUUGCUAAAUUAAUGAUCAUUGUUGGUUCGUACUCAACCAUGUGACACUUUUCCAAACUAUAGGAAAGUUCUCUAUUACGAGAUGGGCUUUUAAUCUGAGACAGCGAUGAUUUUACUGAUUUAAUGAGCCUCGUCUGUUGGUUCCAGCCUGAAUUUAUUGCCCUUGAAGUGGAAAAUUUAUCAUUGGAUCGCUCGUGUAAUUGUUGCUGAAUAGGAUUUGUAAAAUUGAGUGUUGAAAACCUGUUAUGUCAUAUUAGAAGCCUCUCUCGUAAUAAAGUCCACUAUUGCAAGAUGAGCUUUUAAUAUGAGGCAGCAGGGAUUUUUGCUAAAUUAAUGAUUAUUGUUGGAUCGUAUUCAACCAUGUGACACCUUUUUAAACUAGAGGAAAGUCCUCUAUUACGAGAUGGGCUUUUAAUCUGAGACAGCGAGGAUUUUACUGAUUUAAUGAGCCUCGUCUGUUGGUUCCAGCAUGAAUUUAUUGCCCUUGAAGUGAAAAUUUUAUUGUUGGACGAAUGUAAUUGUUGCUAAAAAAGAUUUGUAGAAUUGGGUGUUGAAAACCUGUUAUGUUGUAAUAAAGUCCUCUACAAGACGGGCUUUUAAUAUGAGACAGCAGGGUGUUUUACUAAAUUAAUGAUCAUUGUUGGCCCGUGCGUGUAAUUGUUGCUAAAGAAGAUUUAUAAAAUUGGGUGUUGCAAAUUAGGAGCCUAUCUGUCACGAUGGAGGAUUUUUCUCUACACAUGAGAACGAUGAUGGUGCAAGAAUCUACCUUUCGUUAUUCUUGUCGGCGUCGAUAGAAAUGUUACAGCUCUUUAGAAAGUCGAGGCAAGCCGGGAAGACUACGACGGCAGAAACUGUAACGCUUCGUAAUGUACAGUCCUAAAAUGGAGAACGUGUCGCCGCAUAUCUGAGUUUUGCAACGAUGCUCAUCGAGUACGCUUGUUUUAAGGAACUGGAGCAGUGGGAUAAGUGGGAGGAAAAUCCAGUUGUCGUUAUACCGGACAAGCCGGUGAACCCGAUACAAGCGAAGAUAGACCAGUACCGGCAGCAGGUGAUCAAGCCCCCCGAAUCGCCCACCGAGGAACAGCUGAACUUCUUCGAGGAUAUGACGCCGAAAAUCACUAGGCAGACAAAGAUUCUAAUAAAGGACAAGCACGCGGACGGCUCGUCUCGCAACGCUGCAAAGUUCACGGCCAUGGAUCCCGUUCCUACCAACGAGCUGGUGGAAUGGGAGGAGAACGCCGCCGGUUGGGAGGUGGACGCCAUAGACGACUUCAGUGACGCCGCCAAAUUUCUGCGCGAGCAGAGAAGGAGAGAGCGGGAGCAGCGGUUGAUGGAGCAGCAGCAGAGACGAUUGGAGCGCACCGCGAAGCCGCAGCCCUUGGGCGCGAAACUGUGUUCCUGAUGCGAGACCGUGAAUACGUGGGGAUUGAUAUCAAAAUACACAAUAAUGUACAACACAGCGGGGUACAUGCCGGAUAUUUUUAAUAUAGAAUUUUUGGCAUGUUCGUAUA